CAAUAGAUAAAUCUAUUUAUGCAAUUGAAAUAUGAUUCAUAAUUCAACGUGUUUCUCACUUCUCAAGUGUGUACUUCGGUAUUUGGAUAGAAAUAUUGUCAUCUUAUAAAAACAGUUUUCAAGAAGCGUUUUUAAUAAUUGUUUUGCCAGAUUAUACGUUAUAUGACAAAAAUCACCUUGUUGUUGAAUUAAUUACUUCUAGGAUAAAUGAAAGUGGAAGGUAGCUGUGUCAUUAUGUAUUGCUCUUUAACAUAGAAAAUGAAGACAGAGGGAAAGAUAGUCAUUUUGGGUUCACAAGGUGUCGGUAAGACAAGCAUGAUCAUGCAUUAUAUUGGGAAAACGUACAACGGUCAGGUGAAUCCUACAAUUGGAGCAUUGUUUUUUAAUUGCAAGUUAAAUAUACAAGAUACAGGAAUAAUGCUACGGAUUUGGGACACAGCAGGACAAGAAAGGUUCAGAUCAAUGGCACCAAUGUACUAUCGAAAUGCUAAUGCAGCUAUGUUGGUAUUUGAUUUAACUCAGUACAAUACGUUUGCAGCAAUGAAACGAUGGGUGACAGAACUUCGAAGAAACGUGGAAGAAGCUCUGGUAUUAGCAGUAAUCGGAAACAAAUCGGAUUUAAUAGAAAAGCGACAAGUCAAUGCAGAGGAGGGUAGACUUUACGCUACGAAAAUUGGUGCAAGCUAUCAUGAAACGUCGGUUCUUCAAGGCGAAGGCAUUGAGAAUGUAUUCUUAACUGUUGCUAGAGGUCUCCUUGGAUUACCUUCGACUGACCAUAACUCUACACCGAUAAGAGUAUACGAAUCGACAAACUUGGAUCCUAACGAUAUAGACAUAUUAUGUACACCGAUUGUCGAGGAAGGUGCUCAACACCUUAGUAUCGCUCACGGAAUGCAAGAGAAACCUUAUGCCUGUUGCUAGCCUUCUUUCGAUUCCUUAUUUUAAUGAUUUUAUAAAUAUGGAAUAAUAUGGAAGAACAUAUGUUCUUUGUAAUUAUUCCUCGAUAACGAUUUAGGAUAAGAUCACAACCUUCCUAUUGUGCAUAAAUACGUACACGAAUCAAUGCGCAGAUUCUUACAUUUGGUUUAAAAAAAUAUAUGCCAUUUGUAAAUUUUUCUAUAA